CGCAAAUAGGAUAAACAACACUCAUGAGACAGUAGCUAGCGAUAGUGCAAUCUUGGUGUUUCCUACUUCUUAAAAUUAAAAUGAAAUAUAUCGGUACAUGGAUUACAACGCGGGAAAGUUGUAUAGGUUACUAGCAAUCUGGUUCAAAGUUCUGAAAGAACGUAAUCGCGUAGGAUUCUAGACAGCUACAGUCGCUAGCUAACACAUGAUAGCAAAGUGUAAAUAACCAAGUUAGACACACUUGCGAAGAUUUAUAUGCGAGCAUGCUGUGGAUAUACAUGGUUUACUUGUAGGACUGUGCUUUAGUGCUUCAUCAGAAGAUCUAAUAGGUGCCUUGGAACCAUUGAAAAGUCACGUUAAUCCUGAAGGAAAUUCUUUGAUUUAGCUGCCGGAGGGUUGCGUGUGGCGCGAGAGCGAGGACACAGCAGGCAGGCGGAGGAGGGGGAGACAUGAGUCGCAUGCCCCCCCAGCAGCUGCAGACCUGCGGCUCCUGGGAACUGAAGGAGCGGCUGGGAACCGGAGGAUUCGGGAACGUCACGCGAUGGCAGAACAAGGACACGGAGGAGCAGAUAGCCAUCAAGCAGUGCCGUCAGGAGCUGAGCGAAAGGAACAAGGAGCGCUGGUGUCUGGAGAUCCAGAUAAUGAAGAGACUAAAGCAUGAGAACGUGGUGGCAGCACGGGAGGUCCCAGAGGGGAUGCAGAAACUGGCCACUAAUGACCUGCCACUGCUGGCCAUGGAGUACUGCCAGGGAGGAGACCUGCGCAAGUACCUGAAUUCUUUGGAUAACUGCUGUGGAAUGAGAGAAGGGCCCAUUCUCAUUCUCUUGCGUGACAUAUCCUCAGCCCUGAAGUACCUGCAUGAGACGAGGAUCAUCCACAGAGACCUGAAGCCUGAAAACAUCGUCCUCCAGCAGGGCGAGAAACGGUUGAUCCAUAAGAUCAUUGACCUGGGUUAUGCCAAGGAGCUGGACCAGAGCAGCCUGUGCACCUCUUUUGUGGGAACCCUGCAGUACCUGGCUCCAGAGUUGUUAGAGCAGCAGGUGUACACGGGCACGGUGGAUUACUGGAGUUUCGGGACGCUGGUGUUUGAGUGCAUCACCGGGUUCCGUCCCUUCCUCCCAACCUGGCAGCCUGUGCCCUGGCAUGCGAGAUUGAAGCAGAAAUCAGCGAACGACAUCGUUGUGUCUGAAGACCUGUCGGGGGAGGUGCGGUUCUCCAAGCACCUGCCCCAGCCCAACAACCUCAACAAGUUCUUGGCAGAUAAGCUGGAAUGCUGGCUGCAGAUGAUGCUGAGGUGGUCUCCCCAGGAGAGGGGCAAAGACCCUGAUUACGGCCCCCAUGGAUGCUUCAGAGCCCUGGACAAAAUCCUGGGGCUGAAGCUGGUCCAUGUGCUGAACAUGGUGUCUGCUGAGAUCUUCAUCUACCCAGUGCAGGAAAGCGAGUUGGUGUCUGUUCUGCAGGAGCGAAUUGAAUUGGACACCCACAUCCCACCGGCCAAUCAGGAGCUGCUGCUUGAAGCUGGUCUAGCCCUGGAGCCCAAGAGUGAGGCAACCCAGUGCGCAGUGGAUUACAGUACGAUAGAUGGGCGGCGGACAGAUCUCCCUCUGGUCUUCCUGUUUGACCGCAGCUGCACCAGCUACGAGCCGCAGUUCAGCCCACGGAUCCUGCCGGAAAACAUCCGAUUCAUCCAGAUGGACCCUAAGCGCGUGCUGCACUACAGUCCCCUGCGGAGGACGUGGGGCCAGGCCUGGCACACCAUCCGCACCCUGAAGGAGGACUGGCAGAGACUACAGCAGGGCCAGAAAGCUGCACUGAUGAGUCUGCUGCGCCAUAACAGCUCUCUGUAUAAGCAGAAGAACGAGAUGGCGGCCAUGCACCACUGCCUCCGUGCAAAACUGGACUUCUUCACCACCAGCCUGCACAUUGACAUGGACAAGUACCAGGAGCAGAGGAGCACCGGCAUCGCCUCGGAGAAGAUGCUGAGCGUGUGGAGGGACAUGGAGCAGACGGCCAACAGCUGUUUCCAGGCCAGUGAAGUGCUAGAUCUGGAUGAGGAGAUGAUGGCCCUGCAGACAGACGUUGUGGACCUGCAGAGACAGCCCUGGAGAUGUGGCGAGACCCUGGACACACUUGAAGGAAAGGCCAUGGAGCUGUUCCGCAAACUGAGAGAGAAGCCCAGAGACCAGCGGAGUUCGGGAGACAGUCAGGAGAUCAUGAGGCUGGUGCUCCAAGCCGUGCAGUUCUACGAGAAGAAACUCAGAGACUUCUACACACACCUGAGUAAGACGGUGGUGUGUCGGCAGCGGGUAAUGGAGCUGCUCCCGCGGGUGGAGGGCGUGGUCAGCAGGAUGGCAGAGAGUGAACACACACUCAUGACUCUGCAGGAGAGGAGACAGAAAGAGCUGUGGAACCUGCUGAGAGUGGCCUGCAGUAAGGUCCGCAGUCCUGUGAGCGGCAGUCCUGACGGGGGGCGCACCCCCACCUCCGCCCCCCCCCUGCUCUCCUCUCGCCCCCCCGACCCCUCCAGCCUGGAGACCUGCCCGCCACAAGAGGACUCUCUGCUGGUGAUCGAGGAGAACCGGGUCUUUGAGAGCCGUCUGCAGACCCUGGUGCAGGAUGCUAUACAGGAGGCAGAGAGAGACAUGCAGUUUUUCAGGGAGUUGCAGUGGUUUGAAGAACAGGAUCUUUCCUGAUAGAGACGGUUUCCCCUUAACUGAGCCGGCCUGCAUCUCACACCUAAGGAUCCUGUCGUACCAACAACUGGUGUAGUACCACUUCUAGUACCAAAAACUGGUGCCCUGCCACCCCCUAGUGGUCAGCCCGGUGCAUAGCAUGCUGGCACAGAAGCACAACGCAGGCCGACUUGAAAGACAAUUGAGGAAUUUAGUAUUGUGUGCCUGCCGAUUAAAAAAAUAGUCACUUUUAAUGUCAAGCAUCCCCAGCUGCCUAUAUGUAAAUACUGCACAAUCUGUAACUGACUAUCUACCCGGUUAGUAACUGGCACUCACUCAAAGGAAGGACCCUGGAUGCAGACAGGAAUCUUCUUUACCAGACCCUACUGGGUUUUCGGUUUAACCUCAAAAACAACCCUGCUGGAAGACAUCUCCAUUCACCGCUACUUUACUGAAAUACAGGGGCCAUCUUGCUUAAUAGGUCAGCAUCACUUGACAAUUGAAAUCUCUGUAAUUCCUGUAUUUGUAUAAAUGCUGCUACAGGCAUGAUGCCAUGUUCGGUAGUGAGACGCGUCUGUAGAAUGAUCCUGCUCUGUAUACCAUCCCAUUUCAGGAGUGUGCAAGAUGUUACUCCUUUAACCAGAUGUCAUUUUUAAAAGAAAUAAAACUUUUGAUAUUUAUUUUUUAAUACAAUCAAAAA